UGCGCCCUUUCAUGACAUAGAAAUCCGUUACUGGGGGCACAUAUUUACACCGACAGAGAUGCAUGGGGUUAGACCUUUUCACUGAACAAGACACUCAAGAAUUUACCCGAACCGAAUCAUGGAUAAUAAGUUAUCGGGGAAACCGCGCACAGCAGUUCAGCUCAAACUUCGGGCUUGAGGGAGCGGAGUUUCAGACACUAAAAAUAUUUGGUCUUCAAAGACGCGCUCCGGGACUCGUGAGGAAUAAACUCUGCUCUUUUUUUUUUUUUUUUUUUUUUUUUUUUUGUUUGUUUGUUUGUUUCCCCUCAAUAAGGUGUUACACACGUGGAAUGGUUGAUUGACUGAACUGCGGAACUUGUUGGAUGGGACAGGUGCAGGGAUUUUCAUGGUGAAAUCAUGGAUCACUGAAGUGUCAAAAACAACUCCUUUCUUGAACCAUGAAGACAGUUUAAUGCAGACUGGGGAAAUUCAGCGGCAUUACAGCCGAAAAGGGGCCUCUUGACUAUCUUAAAAUAUUCCCCCCCUCUAUGUAAGUUAUAAUAACUCAAAACCAUUUCUGUAAACAAGCAGUUUUAAGUGAGCCAUACCCUUACAGUCAACGUGCCAAUGCAGCACCUUUUAACUGGAUUUUACUCAUCUCUAGAGGAAAGACAAGUUUGAAAAGUUUUGGACACAGACGCAUUGCAUUUCUACCAACUCGAGGGAGACCACUUUGUAAACAGAGAAGAGGAAGAAAAAAAGAGGGAAGGUAAAGACCGACUGCUUUCAUUUGGUCUUUAUAAAUGGAGCUGCACCGAUACCUCUUGUGCCUGGAGUUUAUUCUCCUUCUUAAAGAGUUGUGUCAAUGUUUCAAUAUUGAUGUAAAGCAUCCACGCAUCUUCACCGGCCCAAAAGAUGCCUUGUUUGGCUUCUCUGUCUUACAGCAUGAUGCAGAUGGAGAGAAAUCGAUGCUAGUUGGUGCUCCGUGGGAUGGGCCACCCAACAACAGGAAAGGAGAUGUGUACAAAUGUGUUGUAGGAGAUGUGAAGAACUCAGACUGUACCAAAGUCAAUCUAGGUGAAACUGCUCUCCAGAACAUCUCUAAAAAUCUGAGAAAUUCUCAUCUGGGAAUGACCCUAACACCAGAAUCACCUGAUGGCUUCCUGGCAUGCGCCCCACUUUGGUCACAGGAGUGCGGUACAUCUAUGUUCAGCACUGGCAUCUGUGCUUCUGUCAGCGAUGAUCUAGAACCAAGGGAGACCAUCGCUCCAACCGUGAAAAGGUGUUCCACAUACAUGGACAUUGUGAUCGUGCUUGAUGGCUCCAAUAGUAUCUACCCCUGGUCUGAGGUCCAGAACUUCCUCAGCAACAUCCUCAGCAAAUUCCACAUAAGCUCGGACCAGAUGCAGGUUGGCAUACUGCAGUAUGGUGAGGUAGCAGUUCAUGAGUGGUCUCUGAAAGACUACCAGACCACACAGGAGGUUGUGGAGGCUGCCAAGAACAUCAGCCGGCAGGAGGGACGAGAGACGCGCACUGCAUACGCCAUCCAAAUGGCCUGCACAGAGGCAUUCAGUGCUGAGCGUGGGGCGAGAGAGGGCGCCACCAAGGUGAUGAUUGUGGUGACAGACGGAGAGUCACAUGAUGGGGAGGAAUUGCCGGACGCUCUGGAGGAGUGCGAGAGCAGAAACAUUACCAGAUAUGCCAUUGCUGUUCUGGGUCAUUAUAUCCGGAGACAGCAGGAUCCAGAAACAUUCAUUAAUGAGAUCAAGUACAUCGCCAGCGACCCAGAUGAGAAGUUUUUUUUUAAUGUUACUGAUGAAGCUGCACUGAAUGACAUUGUGGACGCUCUGGGAGACCGAAUCUUCACUCUGGAAGGUACGUUGGGCUACAACGAGAGCUCAUUCCACAUGGAGAUGUCUCAGAUCGGUUUCUCCACACACACACUGGAUGAUGGCAUUCUGUUUGGGAUGGUGGGCGCCUAUGACUGGGAUGGUGGAGUGUUGAAGGAAGGGACCAAUGGAAGAAUCAUACCCCCCAGAGAGGCCUUUGAAAGCGAGUUUCCACUGGAACUCAAGAAUCAUGCUGCUUAUUUAGGUUACACAGUAUCAUCUGUGGUCAUUGGUGACUGGAGGAGGCUGUAUGUUGCUGGCGCUCCUCGAUUUAAACACAAAGGGAAAGUCAUUCUGUUUGAACUCAGUAAUGACGGUGAUGUGGACAUUGUACAAGCAUUAAAUGGAGAACAGAUUGGGUCUUAUUUUGGCAGUGAAGUGUGUGGUCUGGAUAUCGAUCAGGAUGGCAUCACUGAUGUCCUUCUGAUUGCGGCACCAAUGUACCUUGGCUUAGGAAACAAAGAGGCUGGUAAAGUCUACAUCUACACCCUUAGUGGGGAGCAGGUAUUUAUACGUAAUGGUACACUAAAGUCAGAGGAAAAGUCCCAGGAUGCCAGGUUUGGUUACGCAUUGGCAGCCGCUCCAGAUCUGAACCAUGACGGCUUCACUGAUCUGGUGGUGGGAGCUCCGCUGGAGGAUGAGCACAGAGGGGCCAUCUAUAUUUACCAUGGGGAUGGUAUUCACAUUAUCCACAAUUAUAAACAGCAUAUAUCAGGGUCAUCGCUUUCCCCCUCCCUGCAGUAUUUUGGCCGCAGCGUAAGCGCUCAGCUGGACUUGGAUGGAGAUGAUCUGAUAGACUUGGCAGUGGGAGCACAGGGUAGUGCUGUGCUGCUCAGUUCUCGAAGCAUCGUCAAGAUCAACGUGAGUCUGUCUUUCCAACCGCACUCCAUCAAUGUAAUUCAGAAGACUUGUAAGAGAGGAGGCAGAGAAUCCGCCUGCCUGAACGCCACAGCCUGCUUCACAGCUGUCUCACGCUCUCCUGGACCAAACAGCAACACUUUUGAUCUAUGGGUGUCAGCCAUGUUGGAUGACAGAAAGUUGUCAGCGAGGGCUUUGCUUGAUGACAGUUCCCACCGACAGACCCAGAUGUCAAUCCGUGUCCACACUGGAGAAACUCUAUGUUACAAACUGCCCUUUCAUGUAUAUGACACAGCCGAUUACAUCCGUCCAAUCAGCUUCUCACUGCGGUUUAAGAUCAACGACACAGAGUCUGGUCCAGUUCUGGAUGAAGGUUGGCCGACCACUGUCAAGAAAUUUAUACCGUUCUUUAAAGACUGUGGUGAGGAUGAUGUGUGCACAACAGAUCUGGUGCUACAGGCUAACAUGGACAUUUCUGGGACAAGACAGAAGCCUUAUGUGAUUCGCAGCCCUCGUAGGCGGCUGGCGGUGGAAGUGCAGCUUCAGAACAGACUGGAAAACGCCUACAACACCAGCCUGAUGCUAAACUAUUCACGCAAUCUCCACUUCUCCAGCCUUAGCAUCAGGGGAGAUGCCCACUUUAAGAUAGAGUGUACAGCACUUGGCUCAAACAAUCACUUGUGCAAUGUCAGCUAUCCAGUGUUUCGCUCUCAGUCAAAGGUUAACUUUAUGUUGGAGUUCGAGUUUAGCUGUAUGUCUCUGCGCAGACAAGUGGAAAUGAAGCUCAGUGCUACCAGCGACAGUGUGGAGAGAGAGGACACCUUGGGAGACAACAGCGUUCAGCUGCAGAGUUUUGUUCAAUAUGAGCCAGACCUGUUUGUUAGCAGUUACUCUAAUCUGAACCGCUAUGAGGUCCACCCCACACGGACAGUGUCAGAAGCAAUUGGACCAGAAUUCUACACACACAUCUGGUUGCAGAAUCUCGGCUGUUACUCUGUGAGUAAUCUGGAGCUGCGAGUGUAUCUGCCCUCUGUGGCUGCAGAAGACAAAGUCUUCAUGACCAUUACUGACGUCUCCUCAAACAAUGCGACAGGAGUAAACUGCAGUGUGCUGAGCGAUGCAGUCCAACUGAAUGCCAGACAGAGAGAUGUACGCCCUCUUCAUCCUGAGGAUAUGAUGCAUGAUGAAAUACUGAACUGCAGCAGGUCCUGGUGCACAGAGGUUGUGUGUCAGAUCAAGCAGCUUGGGCAUGAUGCCAUCAUUCGAGUCAGCCGCAGAGUUCAUGAGGAUUUCUUCAGAAAAGCCAAAUAUAAGUCAGUGAGGAUAAUAGGUACCUAUGCCGUCACAGCUCAGGAGACUAACCUUAUCACACUAGGCACAGGAACAGUCUGGGGGGAGACUGUUCUAGAGAUGCUGAAAGGUAGAGCUAUUCCCAUCUCACUCUGGAUUCUGAUUGGUAGCAUCAUAGGAGGUUUGCUGCUACUGGCCCUCAUUAUUUUCAUACUGUGGAAGCUUGGAUUCUUCACACGCAAACACAGAGGAGAGGAUGAAAACCAUGAGGACUGAACCCAUAUUUUGUUCCAAUGAGAGCAGUCAUUUGCCACGGAAACCACCAGAUGAGUGGAGUUAGCCUCCCACCAGGCACAAAGGGGGGUCCUAGGAUGGGGCUGAGGACACAAGAGAUGCAAGAGAUCUCUAGGACCGAAGAGAGCAUCAUCAGGGUCUAUCAGAAAUGCACUACCCACUAUUUCCAGGGUCGGGGGCACUUAUGUAAAUAUUUUUGUUUUUUUUUUUACUUUAAGGAAAACCAAAGUGUAUUAAACUACAGUUCUAAUAUUUAACUUGCACUUUUCCACGGUUUUAUAUCUCAGUCACUUGGCCCAACAGGAUAUGUGUUGUUUUUUUAUUUUUCCU